AUGAGUGACGAUCAUAUGGAAAUCGACAGUCAUCUUGAAAAUGAACAACAAAUUGAAUCAAAAGCAAAAUCUUCAAAGCAGAAAUUUGAAGUAAAGAAAUGGACAGCUGUCGCCUUCUGGUCUUGGGAUAUAAUUGUGGAGACUUGUGCAAUUUGCAGAAAUCAUUUAAUGGAGCCAUGCAUAGAAUGUCAGCCUAACACUUUAAAUAAUUCAAACGAAGAAUGUAUUGCAGCUUGGGGAAUGUGCAAUCAUGCUUUCCAUAUGCAUUGUAUUGCUAGGUGGUUAAAAUCUAGAAAUGUAUGUCCAUUAGAUAACAGAGAAUGGAGUUAUCAAAAAUUUGGUAAUUAA